ACUUUUCACUUUCAAGCCCCCAGCAGGCCAGAGAGUGCUCACCUGUUCUUUGGAAGUUCCACAAGUCAGAUCAUAUUUUUAGAAGAAGAAAAACUGAAGGGUGUGUGAUAAUAUAUUUGGAUGUAUCCUAUUAUUUUUAAAGUGAGGCAAGUCACUAUCUCAUCUAAGAAGUUCUUUUAAACAACAGAUAGGAACAUCUAUUUAAUUCUUGUUAAAAGAUCCUUUAUAGAAGCUCAUGUUAACAAAUGCUGAAUACAACUUCUUUUGAGUAUAUAGAUUUGGUGGAUAAUUAGUGGUAAAAUAUAUUUGAUCCUCUUUAGUUGAAAUUUUCCUUGGCCCAGGGAUGAAAAAUGCAGAACAAAAAUGUUAGCAUUUGGAACACACACACACAGGAUUUUUUUUCAAAGUUGCCGUUAGCAGUUGUAAAGGGACAAAAAGGGAAGAGUUACAUUUUGCUCACUUGCCCAUUUGCAUUUCAAGCAUGUCAGCUUUCCUUGAGAUACAUCUAUGCUUGUUCUGUCCCAAAUAGAGUAGAGGUAUUUCUAUAGCCAAAACAUGUCUUUGAGAUUCAGCAUCAUGUAUUUGUAUUGACUGUAAUCUCACUGGAGUAGUAGUUGAAAAGGAAAUGAAAUAGAUACUUAAAAGUGUUUUGGAGAAGGCUAUGGAAAUGAAAACAAAACAUGGAGAGGUUGAGCAUUUUCAGGACAAAACAUGGGUUGAGAAAGUAUGUGUGGCAUGCACAGUUCCCAAGAUAAUUUUGAGAUCCCCAAUGGUGUGCAGUGUCUUUAUCUGAAAAAGGACCCCUCCUCUCCUCCAGUAUUAGUGUGGAAGGAGCAAUUUUGCUAUGUUUUGAUCCCCCAGACUGUUUUAGGUUCAGGGGAAUUUUUUUUAGUAAAACCUAUCAAGAGAGUACUGUGGGGGACAUUUUAAGGACAAAAUCUGGAGAGGUAGUGCAGCCUUCCAUAAGGGGGGCAGUGAACCCACCAAUCCACACCUGGAUCGGUAGAUAUAUUUAACCUUUAAACAUGUCCUGUUUUGUUCUGUCUUUGGAAUUGUAUGCCACAUCCUUCCUUGGCCUGUACUCUUGAGCAUUCAUAGCGUUCCCUGCCCUUCUGAUUUCCUGUUCUUGUAAGCACUCUUUGAGCCAUGUUGGUCCUGCCAACGUCUCAUAAUAUCCUUGCAGUUUUCACUAUAGCCAAGCUGAUGACAUCUGUACUACUAUAAGAAAGCUUGGCAUUUAUUGUUGGCAUUUUGCACUAUGGUCUCCAACAUGCACAGUGACCCUUAAAGUAACAUACACUCUCCUUGCACAAAGCUGAGUGAAUCCAACACCAAGAGACUGCAUGCAGUCCUGCUGUAUUGUUAAGUUAUCACUACAUCCAAAUUCAGUAAGUGUAUCUGUGGGCUAGUACUUUAGUAUCACAUGCAAAGCAGCUUCAGUGGUUCCUAAAAUCUUCUUAAAGAGUCUUGUAACUUACGGAUUCCUUAAAAUAGUGUACCUUUCUCUCUUUGUACUGCUGUUGAAAAGUCAGCAUGCAUAAGCUUGCCUUUAGGGGAGAUAGAUGGGGUAUGGGCCUUAGUCAGGUGAUAAUACUGGAAUUACAUGAGAAGGUGCUGUCAAUACUAGCAAUAGUUCUGUCCAGUCAGUGGUAGCAAUAGUUCUAUCCAGUUAUCUUGAGAUUGUCAAGCAUUUUCCAUAACACAUUCUCCUUUGGCCAUUGUUAGAGAAAUACCCACUGCACUUCUCAUCUCAACACAAAAGUCAGUGUUCCAUCAUUGGGCUACAUAGCUUGCCCUGCUCAGCAGUAGUCUCAGCUGUGAAGUUAAUCCGGUCCUGUUAAUGUUUGGAUUUGAGACUACUGACUGUAGACUGUUCCCAGUACCAUUGCAUUUGUGAAUGCUUUUAAAGAACUCUAGCAUUAGGAAAAAAGCAAUAUAUAAACAUAUAUUUGCUUUCCUGUGUAGUAGAUUGGUGUUUGUGUGUGCGUAUUUGUGUGUGUGUUGAGCUGUUCUCAGAAAUUUACACAACUUGGGGUGUUCGACAUUUUUUCUUCCACAGCAGUUGGCCCAAAUUAGCUAAGCAGCCAUGACCUGGUUUGUAUUUGCACGGUCUGCAUUUAUAAUUUCUUUUCUAGGGUUUCCUCUCCUUCUCCUCUCCCCUCUCCAUCUCUUAUUUCUGUUCUUCUGGUCCAGUGAACACUGCAUUCAAUAUCUACUGUCUUAUUGUGCUGGCAUGAUGCUAGAAUUAGGCAUGGCGGUCAUUGAUGACACAUGAAAUAAUGCUGCAGAGGGGGUGGGAAGGACAAGAGUGAUGCAGCUGCACUUAACUCUGCUGAAUUAUUCAGUCUUGUUUGUGCACAUACAUAGAGAGACAUACAGACACACUCCAAUUGAAAUGCAAAGCCAGUUGCCCUCUGUGCAAAUGUCAUGGAAUAGGUAGCAUGAGGCAGUACUGGAGACAUUGGUACCAGGACGGUUGUCUCAGAUUUGCAGCAGCCCUACUUGUUGUGUCAUGAGCUAGAGCUCUGUCCCUUUACAUAGCCAAAAAUAGGAAGGUCCCAUUUAAAGGUUGCCUUGUUGAGGUGUGAUCAAUGUGUACAGCAGCUAUGUAAGACCCAACAUUUUGAUUCACAUUCACAAAUUUGUAGUUUAAGUUCAGAACUCUCCCUUCCAUGAAUAGAGAUUUUUACAAGCAAUAUGCAGUCUAUUUAGUGUGCAAAAUGCUUUAUCCUUGAUGAAGCUUUGUUUAUUUUUUUUUGCCACAACCUGGACUUCUUGUUCUCAUAAUUAGUUGGAUCCAAUUUAGCUUAUUAAAGCUUAAUUAUCUUUCAAAUGAAUUGGGGAAGCUGUUUGGAUCUGGAAAAGCCACAUAAAUUUUAGUAGGAACUUAAUCUGGAUCCAGUCCAUUAUCCUUGGAUUUUCUCUGAUACGAGAGCUUAGUUAAGAAAUAGGAAGUAGGGCAACAAUUAUAUAAUCUUUAUACUUCCCUAGUCUAAAAGCAUUGCAGAGUGCAUCUUAAGCUAAUUUUCUGAAUAUUUCAGCUACAGUUAACCAUUUGACCAGAUUGAAAAGACAGCCAAAUGACUGACCAGAGACUAUUCAGGUUUUUUUUUGGGAGGUGGGUGCUUUUAGUAUUAGCUUUAUUAGAGCAUGAAAGAAGAUUUUGCCUUUACUGUACUUUGCUUUGGUUAAUGUGUACUUUGUAGCUGUAUCUUGUAUAUUUUUUCAGCCAAUAACUUCAGUUCUUUCAAAAAAAAAUUUUUUUCUACUUAUUUAUUUCAACCCCAUCUUUCUCCAUCCCUGAGAGUCAAGGCUUCUUACAAAAGUUACUAAAGAUACAGUUAAAAGUAUACAUUGUACAAAAGUUAAAAUACAAGUAAGCUAUCAAUGAAAUUGAAUGCAACUAAAAGCAUGCUCAUUUCAAAGAAAAAUAGCAGAUGUGUAGUUGUAUGUCCCUUGUAACCCGUCCCAUUUUUGGAAGCAGCAGGUAAGGUAUACCCAGAUUCAGGGCUAACAUUUGAGGCAGCAAAAUACAUGAUGGCCAGUGUUAUCAGUACAGAAUGGAAUUUGGGCAUCAUGAAAUAGUACACCAUGGUUAGUUGGCCAGUGUACUGAGCCCAGUUGCAAAAGAACACAUUAAAACUUGCAAAUGCAUUAAGAGGUCAAUCACUUUUAAAGAAGAAAUAAGAAGGGAAUUCUUAAACCACUCAUAGUUCUAACCUAGUAACCAUGCAUACAAUUACCUGUGGAUUUAUAUUAUUUUAUAAUAGUGACUUUUUGAAAACAUGCUUUUAUAAUGUAACCCAGUACAUAGUUUCUCAGAAAUAAGCCACCACUCAAUGUAGUGGGACCUGCUCCCAGGAAAACAUGUACUGGGUUUUCUAUUUUAGUGCUAGGGUAUUGAUUAGGAAGUUAAAUGGAAUCUCAACAACCGGACAAUGUUUUGGAGAGUUUGUUUCUUUAAGCCUGGAGAGAACAGCUGUAAGCUGAUUUGUGAUCUAAAUAUCAGCCAAAGUAAAAUCUUUUAAAAGGCCUAGUGUUAAAAACUUCUCUGAUUGCAGUUCUAUAUUUCAUAGUUGUUGGAAAAUUAGGACAUAAAGCAUUUCUACCCACCUUCAGAAAACAAUAUAACACCAAAUACUGCCUUUUAUUUUUCAAUGCUGAAAGAUAGUUUUCUUUCUUUCCAACAGCAAAUAAAAUCCAAUUUUGAACUGGAAAUGUAAAGUGGAUUUAUCACAAGGGCUUAACAGUAGUAAGUAAAGCCUUCUAAAACAUAAGUGGCUUUAAGUUUCUAAAAAGCUGUUGUGAUCUCUUGGAUCUAGAAGCUAUAUAAAGCCCAAGGGGAAGCAUAGAUGGAAACCUUUUUAGGGAAUGGCUUUGCUUGGGAAAAUAGUUGAAUUCACGAAGUAGCUCUGCAGCAUUAUCUUUUGGAGGGGAUCCUAACUUGUAUUGCUACAACAUAGAGCUUGAAGGUGGAUGGUAAAGGCUGGUUGGGAGUCUACAGAUCACAACACUGUUAAAGAACACAAGAUAGUUUCCAUUUUUUCUUUAGCAGCUGGUGUCCAUACGAGGAAGGUCAGCUUCUUCUGCUCAACUGGGGAUAUCUCCCCUCCCCUCUUGUGGUUUAAUUCAAGCUUUCGUUUAAACCUCUUCCCCUUCCCAGCUACUAUAUCCUGUGUAUAUGACAAGGUAUCUAGUCUGAAGUUCGGAAACUGAAUCAUGGCUGCAAUUCUGGUAACGAGUGAAUUCCUCAUGAGCCACAUACAGGACUUAAAGAGUCCCUAUGACAUUAUCCAUCUGCCAAAACUCUUUCCUUUUAACAGUUAUUUCACAGAGGAAAUGAAUUAUUCCAUAUUCAUUAGACCUUUGCAUUUCUGGGAUCUUGACCCAUCUCUAGAUUUUUCAGGCUAGCUUUGGAAGUUAGAUUCCCAUUCUCUUGUGUGAUGUAAAUUACUUUGGCCUCCCUUAGAAGGUAGGUUGAAUUAAACAAAAAUAGCAGUUCACAUGUAAAGUUCCCAAACAAACCAAGCAUUAGAAAACACCCUUUCUGAAAAAGUGUUUGGGAUGUAAAGAUAUGAAUGUUAGAUUUAGGUCUUGUCCAGAUGAGAGAUGACAGUGAAACCGAUACGUUACUGGGAAUAGAGCUGCAGAGUCCACACCUUGCUCAGGAACAGCCCAACUUGGAAACCUGUUAAGGAUGAGGCAGCACCAUGCAACUGCUUUGACUUACUAAUUUGUGAACUUAAACCUAAUUAUUUCAGGAUCUGCCAAUAACUGUUUAAUGGGAGAGGGCUGCAGAGAUGGAUCCAAGUAGACCAUUCUUAAAGAAGAGGGCAGAUUCACUCUUUAUAUUUUUAAAGUGCCUUGAAUAUGGCAGACAAAUUAAUUUGGGUCAGUCCAGGCUCCUGAGGGCCAGGGAGAAAAAGAAGAGGUAAUCAUCAAUCACUAAGGCGACUUAGUUUUUGCCACGUUGCUUCUCUAUUGAUCUGUGGACUCCCUUUUAUCCAAAACAUGUAACUUGACAGGGCUGCCAAUUUGCCAUUUAGCAGCAGCCCAGAAGUUGCCAAGCACUAUAAAUACUGUGCUUUCCAGAGGCGCUGAAUGAUGUAGCACUACUCUUGGGCUUUUCUCUCUUGUCUUCAUUGUGUCAUACGCAGUAAGCUCAGGUUCUUGUUUCGGGAAUCUCUUCCUCCCUCCCUCCCUUUUAGUUCCUUUUUGCCUCCUCUUUUGCAUGGGAUCACUCUCUGUAGCACCUAGUCUUCCAGCUUAUGGAUUCCUUGAUGCACAGUCAGCAUUCCUUAUGGAGCCACUCAAGAGAUGACAACACUUUCUCUCAGUCAUUUUGGUUGGGCUAUGGACCAGUUUAACCUGGAUUGUGUAUUUGCAAGUUAUUUCAUCGUUUCUCAUCCCUCAAAUUGUUGCCAGACUCCCACUCAGGGUAUGUUACCUUAAGGAAGUCUUAACAAAACAGCCAUAUACCCUCAGCCUUUCCUAUGGAAACUAUUGUAUUUUAUUUUUGCUCUGGGCCCUUCCAGACAGGCCCUAUAUUGUGGGAUCAAAUCCUGGGAUACAGGACCUGUCUGGAAGGGCCCUCUGAAUGUGCAUUCUAUCUAGUGAAGAGCUGCAUGAAACCCAAAAGUCUCUGUGUUAUUUUGUAAUCAUGGGAUUACAGGCUGGAAGCUGUUGCUUUAAUAUGAAAACUGUUUCACACAAAGUCUCUUAAGUGGCUUGGUAAGUCUGCUAAUGUGUAUAACCAUCCUCAGUUUUUUCUCUUUCCCAUGCCCCCUUCUAAUGUUUGUUUCUCCUCCCCCUUUCACUAUGUCAGCCACAACACUCUUAAACUCCCAGCUGGUCUUGUAUUUAUUUUAUGCUUUCAUUCUUCUUUAAUAAGUACAUUACUUGCAAGCAGUGAAUUGAAAACAAAGCAAACGAAUUGAAAAAAACAAACAAAUUAUCAUUAGUCGGUUGGACAGUUUCUUACUUUGUGUUACAUUUAACUGUUCUUUUGACAGCCCAGUUUUUAAAGCCAGGAUAAUAUUGGACACCGUUUGCUACAGAAGCAUGGUUGGAAGCUGGGCCAGGGCUUGGGGAAAUCCCUCCAAGCAUAAUGAUCCGGGACUUGUUGUGGUGAUGGUAAACUUAGUGGUAGGACAGAUCCCAUCCCGAUCGUUGUCAAAUAUGAUGUCAUGGGCAUGGGACGGAUGGAAAUGGAGCUGGACUAUGCUGAAGAUGCCACGGAACGAAGAAGAGUUUUGGAAGUGGAGAAGGAAGAUACUGAAGAGCUAAGGCAAAAAUACAAGGAUUAUGUGGAUAAAGAAAAAGCUAUUGCCAAGGCACUUGAAGAUCUUCGAGCCAAUUUUUAUUGUGAGCUCUGUGAUAAGCAGUACCAAAAGCAUCAAGAGUUUGACAAUCACAUAAAUUCCUAUGACCAUGCCCACAAACAGAGAUUGAAGGACCUCAAGCAAAGAGAAUUUGCUCGAAAUGUUUCAUCAAGGUCUCGAAAAGAUGAGAGAAAGCAGGAAAAAGCCCUGCGACGUUUGCAUGAGCUGGCUGAACAGAGGAGGCAACCUGAAUGUGCUCCCGGAAGCGGGCCUAUGUUUAGAACUACUACUGUUGCUGUUGAUGAAGAAGGAGAAGAUGACAUGGACUCAGCAGCUCCCAGUACAUGUUCUUCCUUCUCACCAGCUUCUGGGCAAGUUACUGGUGUGACCGUUGACAAGGGCAUUACUUACACCAGUGGGCAAUCCAGCAACAACACUGCCCCUGGCCAGGUUCUUGUACAGAUGCCACAGGCUGUCAGUUUGGGGAUUAACCCUCUUAAAAUAGGUGUGUCUUUCUCCUUCGCCAAAAAGGCCCCUGUGAAACUUGAAUCAAUUGCCUCUGUCUUCAAAGACCACGUGGACGAAUCCAGUUCUCCUGAUGAUGAAGUUAAAGCGGAUGAAAGAACUCAUACAGAUAUUUUAGGGAAAAUUGGAGAGGUAGAGGGGACAAACAGCCCUGACAGUAAAGGAGAUGAAGAGGAGCAACAGCAUGACAAAGAUGGGACAACUCUAAACACCACACUGUCCAAACUGAAGAAGAUGAAACGAGACGAUGGGCCAGUGGCACUAGAACCAGAGUAUUAUCACUACAUCCCACCAGCUCACUGCAAAGUGAAGCCCAACUUCCAGUUUCUUUUGUUCAUGAAGGCUACGGAUCAAGUAGAAGCAGAGGCUGCAAGUAAGAAAUUGACAUGUGAAAGGAAACAGAGCAAUUCCCCCAAACCUAAAAUGGCAAAAAAUGGUGAGAAAGCAAUGGUAGCAGAGUGUGUCGUCCAUCAGAAGGAGCAGAGUCCUGCCAGGAAAAGCAGUAAAACAGAAGAUAAAGACCCUUCAGAAGAUAUAGGCAAGCAGGAAGCAAAACAGCUCAAGGAAAGUGACCCUAUGGAGGUGGAGGAUGCUAAAGAGAGCCCCCAGCCUCCAGCAACUAGUAAAGAAACCACAGAUGGACCUAAGCAUUUAACAGGGCCCUUUUUCCCAGUACUGAGUAAAGAUGAGAGCACCACCCUCCAGUGGCCUUCAGAACUGCUGAUCUUUACUAAAGCAGAGCCUUCGGUAUCGUACAGCUGCAAUCCUUUGUAUUUUGACUUUAAGCUGUCUCGUAACAAAGACACCAAAGCAAAGGGGGCGGAAAAACAGAAACCAGCAACAAGUAUUUCUAAGGAGAAAACACAGUCUACAGAAGAGGGUAAUGCAAGCAAGAGCAAAGAGGCAGAUCUUCUAGCUGGCAGAUCUGCUACUUUGUUAGAGAGCAAGUCCCUGCCAGGGUGCAGUAAGCAGGAGUCCAACCCUUUGAGCACUGGCAAGGUAGAAGGGCCAGAAGAUGGCAGCAAAGGCAAUGUCAUCAGUCGCAAAGUGGGGAAGUCCCACAAACACAAGAAGAAGAAGAAGCACAAGAAGUCCACUAAGCACAAACGUCGACGUAAAGGUGAGGUAGAGGAGAAGAGCAGAGAAGGAGACCUGCCAGAAGAUAAAUCCAAGAAACGGAAGAAACACAAACACAAAAAGAGCAAGCCUUCUUUUCCCACGGACGCUGAGCGACCACAAGGGACCGAAGAUGCUGGCUGCUCCAAAAAAAGAAAGUGCUUCACUCAAGAUUCUCAACGGAAGUCUAUUUCUACUGAAGAAGGCAAUAGUAGUAGCAAGAAAGAGGAUGGUGGCACCUCGUCUCAAGAUCACAGCAAAAAAAACAAGGGGGACCAGCAACAGGCAUCAUCAGCUAGCAAGAGGCGGUCUUCCACCUUGGCUUCAGUUCACCCCAGCCAUAGAGGCCGACAGAGCAGUGGUGGCUAUGAAAGUGAUGAGGACUCCUGUCACAAGCGUUUUAGGCAGAAGUCAGCAUCACAGUACAGUGACGAUUAUGACUCUGGCAGUGACUGUUCCCGAAGCCGCUCAAGGUCAGGACAUCGACAUUCCUCUCGCAGAUCAUCUCAGAGGUCAUACUCAACAAGCUCAUAUGCCUCCUCUGACAAUAGCCGAUACAGCCGACGGCGGAGCUACUCAGAAGACAGCUACAGUGACUACAGUGAUAGAUCACGGAGUCGUACCAAGCGCUCUCAUGACUCAGAGGAUGAUUCAGACUAUGCAAGCUCCAAACGCAGAUCAAAACGGCGCAAGUACUCCUCCUCAGAAGACGACUACAGUCUGAGUAGAAGCAGGUCCCGGACCCGGAGCCGUAGUCGAACCCAUGCCAGGGGGAGAUCUAGAACAAGAAGCCGGGGCAGGACGCGCAGCAGCAGCUGCAGUCACAGCCGGAGUAAGCGGAGGAGUCGAAGCCGAACCGGACACAGUUGGAAGCGGAGCAGAAGCUACAGCCGGGAGCGCAGCAGGAGCACAAGAAGUCUUUCACAGAGGUCCCUUUCAAGGAAGGGAUCCCGUGGCCACGAAAGCCCUAGUGAAAGAAGAUCUGUGCGACGAGACUUCAUCCGGUCCAAGAUCUACCGUUCACAGUCCCCUCACUAUUUCAGAGGCAGACAAGGUGAAGGAUCUGUGAGAAAGGAAGAAACAAGAAGAGAGGAAGUGACAGGAACCAGCAGUCACCCCCAGAAUAGUGGCAGCUCUAGCUUGGGAAGCAGCUGUAAUCCUGAGGAGAAGAACUCGGCCACAGCCAAACUACUUCUGGAAAAAAUUCAGUCCAGAAAGGUGGAGAAGAAGCCCAGCAGCAAUGAAGAUUCCCUUGCAGCUCCACACAAGGUUGGGAUAAAGCUGAAGGAUCCCCCACAGGGCUAUUUUGGCCCAAAGCUCCCUCCUUCUCUUGGCAACAAGCCUGUCCUUCCAUUAAUUGGAAAACUUCCCACAGUCCGAAAACCAAAUACCAAGCCUUGUGAAGAAGCUGGAUUAGAAAAAGUAGAGGACCUAGAGAUUUCAGAAGUGGAAGAAGCAACCCCUGUCACUGGGGAGACGGUCCUGGCAAGCCAACCCCAAGAGGAGGAAACUCCAGAAACAGAAACACCAGGCAACCUUCCAAUUGAUCAAAAAACAGAAGAAGUGGCCAUAGAAGUGGCUUCUGUUCCCCUUGAACCACCAGCACUCCCAGAGUGCUAUGGAUCUGGAGACGUGGUUGUGGCGCACAGCUUCCUCCCUGAUCCAAAUGAAGGUGAAACUUUAGAGCCUCUGGACAGUGGAAACCCACCUGUCUCCAUAGAAAACAGGAUGGUGCCUUUGGGGCCAGAUGUAGAGCACUUUCCAAGCUACAUACCACAGAGUGGGGAGCCUAGCAUCAGUGGGGAGCCUGAGGGCAGUGAGGACUCUUCCUUGGCACCCCUGGAGAGCCAACCCAUUACCUUUACCCCAGAGGAGAUGGAGAAAUACAGCAAACUUCAGCAGGCCGCUCAACAACACAUUCAGCAGCAGCUCCUUGCCAAGCAGGUCAAGGCCUUUCCUGCCUCUGCUGCCCUGGCUCCGGCCACAGCCCCUGCCCUGCAGCCCAUCCAUAUCCAGCAGCCCACAGCAGCUGCAGCCACCUCCAUUACCACCGUUCAACAUGCUAUCCUGCAGCAUCACGCAGCAGCUGCUGCUGCAGCCAUUGGAAUCCAUCCACACCCACACCCCCAGCCUCUUGCUCAAGUCCAUCAUAUCCCCCAGCCUCAUUUAACACCCAUCUCCUUGUCCCACUUAACCCACUCCAUCAUCCCAGGGCACCCUGCCACUUUCUUGGCUAGCCACCCCAUCCAUAUCAUCCCUGCCUCAGCCAUCCACCCAGGCCCCUUCACUUUUCAUCCUGUCCCCCAUGCUGCCCUCUAUCCAACUCUUCUAGCACCCCGGCCAGCAACGGCUGCCGCAACAGCACUGCACCUUCACCCUCUUUUGCACCCCAUCUUCUCAGGACAGGAUUUACAGCAUCCCCCCAGCCAUGGCACAUGAAGGGUGUGAGAAAGAAGCAGUCUCGCUGGUGGGGAGGGGAGAAGGAGGACGGGGCAUGCCUGUGCGUAUCCAUGUGUCUUGCUCCCUGAAAAGCAACAGCUGACACUGGACCUGAGAACAGCCAAAGAAGGGUACAAUUGGGCAGGAAAAGGCAGACUCAAGAUAAUUAAUCUCUGGAAAAGGGGAAAGUUGUGUUGCCAGAGAUCUGCUUGUAAGGAGCUUCAGGGCCUUGUACAUCCAAGAAGAUGGCUUACUCGCAUCUACAUGAAUACGAAAUUCUUACCAGGUGGGCCCACUGUUUUAAUUUGCAAUUAUCAUCUAUUUUUUUCCUUUCCACUCUGAAAACCAAAGUGGAUAAUAUCUAAAUUAUCUUGCCUUCAAUACCCGUGUUUAAUUUAAAUUGUGAAAGCGGCAAUUGGAUUUCACCUUUGAUGCUAAACCGAGCAAAAGAUCCAAGAAAUAUCCAACUUAGACCUAUCUCUCUUGUCCUCUGCUCCCAUGUUCAGCAGCUUGCUGAUAAUCAAAACGGGAAACAGCGACCAGUUUCCAACAUCAGACAAGCUAGGCAAGGCUGCCCUUGUCCAGUUAUGCUGAGAGAGAACACAGAGCGAUCCCUCUAUUAGUCCUUGAAGCAAUAUAAUGUGCUGGAGUCCUGUGAACAUCUUCAACAUGACUCUGACUUGUAUUCUUUACUCUGUAAUAUUUGAUGGUUCCUUAUUAACUUAUGAUUUUUUUUCAGAAGAAAAAUGUUUUUAAAAAUUGCACUGAACUCUGUAAAUGUACAAUGCUGCUUUUUGUAGCUCCUCUGAAAAAUGUUCCAUAUUGGUAGUAUACUGCAAUAACACUUUUUACAGUCCGUUCUUUGAGUGGUACUUGUUCAGGUGGCUUUGGUUAUCUAUACAUUUUGAUGUAGUUGGAAAGAAAACCUGCAUCAAAAUUUCAGAGCUUCUAGUUGUGGCUAGGGGACAUACUUCAAGCAUGUAAAUUUCAAGCUCUCUCUCUCUUCUUAAUUUUAUGUACUAUAAAAUGAAAAAAAAAAUCCUUUUAAGGAGGAAAUGUGAGAAGAAUAAACAAGACACAGUGAUUUGGACUCCCUUCUGUAUUAUAGCUGAAGAAUUCCAUCCUAUGUCACUCCCAAGAAAAUAGGAGUUAGUGUGGCAGCUAAGGUGUUUGCUGCAUGCUUUAGCAGCACCACUAGUUUGACCAGAAUAGCCAGUUGGUUCCAUAGAGCAAGAAGUUGAAUUUUACGUUGAAGAAAGGAGUGAGUCUCCCUCAUUAAGCACCCCAAAAUCCAGCACUUUCCCCAGGAUUCAAACCACUCAAUCUGAGCUGCUGAGAGGACAUUGCUUCUAGGUAGGUGUGUAUGUGUGUUUAUGUUAAGGCUCUUUAUUUUCAAAUAUGUGCCUUUUUAUGUUUAGGAAAAGUUUUGGGUGCAGUGGUUUUAGUUUGAAUCCUCUUCUUUAUUGGGAUUUUUUUCUAGAGCAAUGAGUUGCCCAGUCCUCAGAAGUGUCCCUUUUUCACUUAGGUGGCAUCGCCUUUUGAGAGAUAAUGAAUUCCCCUGUUUCCACUCCCUAAAAUAGGACCUUCUUUAAAAAACAGAGGAGGAGGUUCCUGCCAUUUCGGUUCAGUGUAAAAAGAAGUUGGCUUCUGGCAAAGUGGCAUCCAAACCAGAGGGGCACUGCUAGUUUUUGUCUUAUGAACAUGGCUUCCACUCCCAAAAUUCGAAAAUAACCACUUUUGCCUCUUACCCUGAAAUUUCUAGGCUCUAUACCGCCCUGAGCUUCCUUACACUUUGCUAGAAAAAAAAAUCUAGCACUGGAAAAUGCUGCUCUGACAAAAGGACUCAGUUGUAGCUGCUGUAGAUAUUCAACAAGUAACAGUAUUAAUUUCUCAGUUCUUGGUUCCCUUGAGGUUCAGAGUGAAGACAUGGCACCCCAGUGGGCCCAGGAAAUUGGACUUCCGCGAGAGUGCUUACAGAAAAAGAGAACACGCUCUUACUUCAGUAUCAGCAGGCUAUAUUUAACUUUGUCACAUAAAAGUAUAUAUAUAUAUAAAUAUAUAUACAUGCUGUAAAAAUGAGGAAAAUAAACUUUCUAAUAAACUAGUAAUUUGG